CGGAAGGAGAUUGAUGACUUUUUCAUAGAACAGCCUUUCAUAAGGCUUUUCAGAAUCUCAAGGAACUCUAGCAGGCAUUGCACAAAUCAUUGCUGCUUGAUGCAUCUGGGAGGCUACUAAGUGGACACCUCUACCCCCUUCAGAAACGGGUCUCCAUAGUAACAUGCCUUUCCAAGACUCGUCGCACGUCCUGGUGGACCCCAGGCCCGCUAAUUCCCAGCAUGCCUUGCAGGGCCACCAGAAUGACUCAUCUCCCCAUAAAACUACAGAGGUGCCCAUUAACCAGCAUAGUGGACGAGGCUCAUGCCGGGGCGAUGAGAGGAGACUGAUGUCCAUUCUCACGAGCCUGUCCAAGGUCCCGGUGCUCUUCCUGCUCCUCUACAUGUUCAUCUGCUCUCUGGACGUGCUCAGCUCUGCCUUCCAGCUGGCCGGCGGCAAGGUUGCGGGCACCAUUUUCAAAGAGAAUGCCAUUCUGUCCAACCCCGUGGCAGGACUGGUGGUUGGUAUUCUGGUGACCGUCCUGGUGCAGAGCUCCAGCACCUCCACAUCCAUCGUCGUCAGCCUGGUCUCAUCUGGAUUGCUUGAAGUGCAGUCUGCCAUUCCUAUCAUCAUGGGCUCCAACAUUGGGACAUCAGUCACCAAUACCAUUGUGGCUCUGAUGCAAGCGGGAGAACGAGACGAGUUCAGACAGGCGUUUGCGGGCGCUACCGUCCACGACUGCUUCAACUGGCUGACGGUGCUGGUGCUCCUGCCCCUGGAGGCGGCGAGCGGGCUGGUCAGGCGCCUCUCCCACGUCACCGUGACCAGCCUGAGCCUGCACAGCGGGGAGGAAGCGCCGGAGCUCCUGAAGGUGCUCACUGAGCCUCUCACCAAACUCGUCAUACAGCUGGACAAGUCUGUCAUCACCGGCCUUGCUAUGGGUGAUGAAGGGAUGAGGAACAGGAGUCUGGUGAAGGUGUGGUGUCAUGGCAGCAUUCACAGAAUUACUUCAAAUAUAUCUUCAGAAAACGGCACAGCUGAAAAUGUGACUCUUGAAAGAUAUCAUCAAAAAUGCAGGCAUCUGUUUGUGGACUCCUCUCUGUCGGACCUGGCCGUGGGGAUCAUUCUCCUGGCCGUCUCUCUGCUGGUCCUCUGCACCUGCCUGAUACUGCUGGUGAAGCUGCUCAACUCCUUACUCAAGGGACAAGUGGCCAAAGUCAUCCAGAAGAUCAUCAAUACAGAUUUCCCCAGCCCCUUCGGCUGGCUGGCGGGAUACUUGGCUAUCCUAGUGGGAGCAGGGAUGACCUUUGUGGUUCAGAGCAGCUCAGUCUUCACCUCUGCCAUUACUCCCUUGAUAGGCCUUGGUGUUAUCAGUCUUGAACGUGCUUACCCAUUAACCCUUGGCUCAAACAUGGGCACCACAACCACAGCAAUACUAGCUGCACUCGCUAGCCCAGGUGACAAGCUAGCAGCAGCCUUCCAGGUCGCCCUGUGUCACUUCUUCUUCAACGUCCUGGGCAUCCUGCUGUGGUACCCGGUGCCCUUCACUCGCCUGCCCAUCCGCAUGGCCAGGUUCCUGGGAGAGCAGACGGCCGCGUACCGCUGGUUUGCCGUUCUCUACCUGAUCCUGUGCUUCCUCCUCUUCCCCUCCGUCGUCUUCGGCCUCUCCAUGGCAGGGUGGCGCGUGAUGGUGGCCGUCGGCGUCCCUUUCGUCACAGCUGUUCUCUUUGUUGCCGUGGUUAACCUGCUGCAGGCACGCAGGCCACGGUACCUGCCAGCAGGGCUCAGGACCUGGGCCUUCCUACCAAUGUGGAUGCGCUCCCUGCAGCCCAUGGAUGCCUUCAUCACCAGAGUCACACUAAGCUGCACCCAGAAAACAUGGCGGGGACAGACCCGUGGACAGCCAUUUGGGGAAUUAUGCCCUGCACAAAGAAAGGCUGAUGGACUGAUUGAGGUUCCCGCGGUGACAGCAGCCAGUCAUAUCAACAUCCAGACGAUAGAGGCUGGCAGGAGCACAAGGCUUUAAUGAUCCACCGCAGAGAUCAAGGCACAGGACCGAAUCAAGUCUCUAUUAUCACUGGCUAUCAGCGACACAAAAGACAGGGGCUUUGAGGCAAAAUUAGCAUUUGUGUGGUGAGUGGGGUGCCUUGUGCAUGCAAGGAGCCUGCUCUGAAUGGCCCUAACCAUGACCCAGUCUGUUGUUUAAGAUUUAUUUUCAAUUUUACUGACUAGUUGAUGAAUGAUCUUUCGUAUAACAAAGUUACCUCUGUAUGUAGAUGAAAAUAGGUCCCACUGAAAUAUCUACCAUCAGAUCAACCUUCAUUAAAAUAUAUUCUACUCCUGUCAGUUGUCAUGAAUGUUUUAUGUAACUGCUAUGUAGCCUUAUUAGACCUGAUCUAUAGAGAGGGCUUUUAUUCUGAAAGAUGUGGUAUUGUUGGUGAAGUAUUUCUCCAAUAAACAUACAAAGAGCAUCUCAUUAGAUCCAGUCUUUCUCUCUUGGAAAUGAACUCAUUAGUCUUCUUCAAAGGCGUGGAAGACCCUCACUGUGCUAAAUAAAUCACCGUUUCAGAGAGAAAUAAUUACGCGGCAAUGAGCACAAUGACUUCUUCAUCAGAAAUCUUCUCUGAGCUUUUCUACGACAAUCACCAAUUCUAGUUUGUGCGUGCCUCUCUCAUUAUAACAAGACCUCUUUAGCAUAGUCAUC